GGGGACGACGGCGGCGGCUGCCGAGCCGCGGGCCCGGCGCAGCGGCAGAAAGUAAAGGAGCAGCGGGAGCGGUGGAGGCGGCGGACGGUGCGGCGGAUGAGCGCGGCCGAGCGCGGCCCCCAGCGUGCCCAGAGUGCUCUCCCCAGGACAGCCUGCCAACCUGAGAGCCCUAGCUGUGAACUGUUUGGUGGAGUCAAAAGAAAUCUCAUUAAGGACGUUUCUCUCCUUUUACCUGAGGCCUUGUUUGUUUUAGGCUGCAGCGGGUCCCAUCUGCCAUCACUCCCAGGGCACCCGGCGACAGCAGCGGCACCCGCCCCAGCCGAGGGAGCCCCCAGAGAGGUAAGGCAGGUGCAAGGAGACUUUUUUUCAGCAGCCUUCCUUUCAAAACUCCAACUCAGCCCUGCUUUAUGGAGGCCCUGGGUGCUCACAGCAAGAGACGGUGAGAUGACAGAGAAUCAACAAAUGUCAGAACUGGAUGGUCAACUAGUAAAGUUUAGAUCAAAAGGAGCCCUGGGGUUUCAACAUCCAGUGAGACUCUAUUUACCCAAGUCCAAAUCCCAAAAGUUUCUCAAUAACAUCGGAGAGAAGGUUCUGGCGAGUUUUCCAGUACAAGCUACAAUUCACUUCUACAAUGAUGACACAGACUCUGAGGAAGAUGAAGAAGAAAUCAGUUCAGCCUAAUAAUGAACAGUGGUCAGCCUUCAACAAAAGCAAAAUAAAAAUUAAAAAAUCAAGAGAUAAAAAAAGAACUGUCAGAAACGUAUGGACUAACAUCUGACUGAUCAAAGAAAUACAUCAAAGCUCAAAAGAGAACUAUUUAUAACUAUCUUACCAAGAAAAAUGAGUCAAUGCAACUGGAAAUGAAGAGGAAAUCCUUUUGUGUUUUGAGAGACUUUUAAAUGAAACCCUGAAGCUGAACAAAAAAUUAUAAGGUUUAAAUCAAGUUGGCUUAAGUAACAUGGAUUAGGAACAUGAAGAACACUGUACUUAGUUACUCACUGUUUUUUACAUUGCAGUCCUGAUAAAACGAAAAUAGUAUUGAUUAUGAAGUAAAAUAAUAUAAUAUACAGCCCCCAAAUAACCCAAAGGCUUUGAAACACAAUGUUUGAAUUUAAGCUAGAAAUUACUUAAAAUGCAAAGACUAUUGCUUAUUAGCUCCAUGGGGCAUGUUUAUUAAAUGAUGUAUGCCAGAUUGGCCUAAUCCAUUUCCAGUAUAACUCCCUGUCAAGACAAGUUCUAAAUGUCAGUUGUGAUAUUUUCUGGGGUCCUGUCAUUCUGUUAUUAUCGUAUUUCCCCCCUGUAAUCAGAAAAGUGCCUUUUUGUCAGUCAAAAAACAAGUCAGCCUUGAUUAAAAACUAUGAUUUAAUUUAAGGACACAUUAAAACAUGCAUUAUGUGCUACCUUUUUGUCUUCACUACGAUAUUAAAAUCUCAUUUCUAGUACACUUGAAUCUAUGAUUUUAAUAUACCUGACUAGAUUCCCAUCUAGUGGGGUUUGAAUAUGUAUCUUACUACCUUGAUAUUUCUUUUAAAUUGAUGUUCAGGAAGACUUAAGUUACCAAUUUGCAUAAGCACCUUUGUGUUAUGUACAAUGUAGACACUUAUAUUCCAACACUGUUAUUCCACUAGCAAAAACUGCUUUUUCAGUACAGUUUAUUUCAUUCAGAAAAUUGGUAUAAUCUGUUCUGGUUAACCUUUUGUCUGCAUAAAUUUUGUAUGCUCAGAGAGUUUGCCAGUACUUGUCUUGCUAUGCCAGAAUUUUUUAAUUAGCUCAAAGAUUAGCUAUUUGGCCCCACUAUGUUUCAGAAUUACUAUCCUUCAAGUAUCUUAUCUCUAACCAGAACUGCCAUAGUUUCCCCAGAGACAAGGCAAAGGCAGAAUCCAAGAGUCUUGACCUUUUCUACACUACUGUUGGUGGUGUAGAUAAGGUCAGACUGUUGUAAGAAUCACCUAAAGUGUCUGUCAGGUCUUCCUCUUAGUACGACGUACUGUCAAAGUGAUAGCGUAAGUCUAGCAAAUUAGGAAAUGAAUGAACAUACUAGAAUGGAAGAUUUUUUAAAAAUCUCCAUUCACAAACUAGAAAGUGGACUGAUAAAUUAAAUUCGCACAAGGAGACAGCAUCCUAUAAUAUAUGGAAUUACAAGAACUAGUUAAAUUGUAAACACUGGUGUGACACAUGAAAAUUCAGUUUUUAGAUUUCACUCAUUUGUCAUCUCCACAUCUUCACUUCCCAACAUAUGGAACUAAAAUACAGACAUUUUAAAGGUCUUUCACUUUUCUCACAAGAUUAUUUACUAAAAUUAUUUAUGCUGCAGCUUCAUUGUUGUUCAGCCUGUAGAAUAAACAAACAGAAAAGCAUACAAGAUUUAAAAGGUCAGUGAUGACGUAUUGCCUACAAUGGUCAAAUUACUGUACAUUAAGCCUCAACUUCUUCCUUGCAAGAAGCUCUAGUCUCCAUCAAUGCUCAGCUCAGUUCACGCUCAAAUUUUGGAGUUCUGCCCUUACCUUCGAGUCCUGAGCAGGGCUUUUUCUCACCUUUUAAGACACCUCUGUGUGCUGCCUUUUUUCUCUGUGCUAUGACACAAACCAACCCGGUUAGUGCUCAAUUGCUCAGGCCCUCAUUGAGGAUUACUGGAAUCUGGAGGGACAUGUUGAGGGAACCAUCUCCAUCCCCUAUGAAAACGGUGGUUACCACGCAAUCCCCACACAGCACAGUGCUCCCUAACACACACACUACGCUGAAGAGCCAUUUGCCUCACACAGAUAUUGUCACCAUUUAAGGAUCCAUUAUGCAAAAGGAACACUCUGUAGGUUCUUCCUUGCUAGUUCUUACCUUCCUAUUGAGACCACGUUGCCUGUUACUACUUCCUCCUCCUUUACAGCUUCUCUGCCUGCCCUGCAGAUGCCCAGCAGUGGACUGUGGUUACUCUUUAGAAAAGUAUCAGAUGAAACCAGCGCGUGCUUGUGGACACAGAUGCCCCGCAAGAGCUGGUGUUGCUAUUAUUGCAGGAAAGCAAUGAGGAACCAAUAUCUGCAGGACCGCGUGACAUAAAUGGAGGUCAGCUUCAGUUGCAACUGAGACUGAUCUUCCUGCAUUACGAAGAGGUUUUGAGCUGGAGGGACUGGCAUGGGUGGGACUAUGUAUUGACACUGAGGACUGGUUAUUGACUCCAGACGUGAAUCUUCAAAAGCUCUAUCUGAAAACGUAGUAACUGCAUCCUGGAUGACCAGCAGAAGUUACCCUGUUUUUGGAAAGACAGAGCUUUUGAAGAUCUGCGUCUGGGGUUAAUAACCAGUCCUCCGCAUCAACACAUCAUCUUCCAGGCACUCACUCCAUUUGCGUGCAGCUUUGUUAUCCUGUCCCAUACUCUCACCAGCUGGUAGUCAACCAGUCUGGAGUGGCAAGUGGCUCACUCAGAUGUGUGAAAAAGCCUCCUGGACUUUCUGGCAGCAGCAUACCAGACCACCACCAGGUUCUGAGUUGAUUUUUGGUUGGUGAAGUCUACUGAAUACUUUGAGAAAUGGAAAGCAUCGGUUUCAGUGUACUAACUAUUUUUCAGGAGUGUUGGCAAAGAACCUUUGGCAGGUAGGAGCUACAGAUGGGGUAACUAGUAAAACAACACAAGAGAACAGAUAGAGUGUAGACAGUAGCCAUACAUACUAACAGAACUACCACAUCAAUACUGGAUGGGGCAUCUUAUUCCAAGUUUCCUGGUAAUGUGUCCAGGCAGAAUCUGAACAUUUUGAACUUGUCCAGAAUUUCCAGACCUACAGCAAACCAAGUGGGAUGGUAGCUCCAUGAAAAACAUUCCUAGGCAGAAAAGAUGAGCCGUUUUAGACAAAUGCUGAAGGUUUGGAAAUCACGGACAAGCGGGCACUGAAAAAAUGCAGAUCAACUACCCAGAAUGUGAGCCAUAAUCUGAUGUACCCUAGAAAAUUAUAUUUGUACUUAAA